CAGGCGGUUGACGGGACACACAAAAAGAGAGCAGAAAAAAAAAACUGGUCACAUUUCUCAGGCACCUGAAAACGUGCUGGCUAUUUUGAGACGCGUGUUGCUUAUUGAUGAGUGGGGAGUGUUUAAAGUACUUCCACUCUGUUCAUGAUUUAAUGUUGACUGUACAUGGCAAGCAGUUGGAUGCUUUGGGACCUCUUGUAAUUUAGAGAACCCCUGCUCAGUGAUAUCUGAACAUUAGGCAUCUUUCGGAGCAUUGACGGAGAGCUGAUCUGCCCUGUGCAUCUACUCACCCUUGGAAGAUAUUUGGAUCAAACCGAGACCUGUUCCAAUUCCUUUUAAAAAAUAUAUUGUUCUUCUUUCGCUUACUGGGUUAUCUCAAGACCCCCAAAUGCCCUGUGCACACUCCUGCUUGUUUAAGUUUUUGGAUACGCUCUUCAUGCCUUGGCAGUUCGCGAUUCUUUCACCUAUAUCAACGAAACUCCUAGGUGUCAAGCAAAGGCAAUCAUUCCAGUGUUAAGCUUCCAGAAUUAAACAGCACGGAACAACAGAACAACAACGAUCUUCUAGGAAUCAUGGAGCACAGUCCUGGUGGUGGUGUUAUCUUGUAUGCUGGCUCAUCCGGCAGUGCCAGCCCUAGCCCUGGCAGCCCUUCAAGUGGAUACCAAACUCAAUCGCCCUCCUCCCACUCGCAGCCUUCAUCGCCAGAGAGCAACUCCUUUCAGGAGAUCGGGCCCCUGAAGAGGAGAGGGGAACAGGACGGAGGAAGUCCUUCCCCAAGAAUGGUCUUCCAGUUUCCUGAAGUAAACAAUGCCCCUGUUGCCCAAGUAACCACCGUAUCGUCUGCAACCUACAGCCAUCCCACAGUGGCCAAAAGACCUUGUGGUUUCACCGGCACGUUUACCAAAACCGGAGGUAUGGUGCUUCUGUGCAAGGUGUGUGGAGACAUUGCAUCUGGGUUCCACUACGGUGUGCAUGCGUGCGAAGGCUGCAAGGGUUUCUUCCGACGCAGCAUUCAGCAGAAUAUCCACUACAAGAUGUGUGUGAAGAAUGAGAAGUGCAUAAUCAUGCGCAUGAACCGAAACCGUUGCCAGCACUGCCGCUUUAAGAAGUGUCUCUCCGUGGGCAUGUCCAGAGAUGCUGUGCGUUUUGGGCGUAUUCCCAAACGGGAGAAGCAGCGACUCUUGGAUGAGAUGCAAAGCUACAUGAACAGUCUCAACGAAUCAGCUUCCAUGGACAUGGAGGUGUCAUCUCCGUCCGACGCCCCCUGCAGUCCGCAAAAUCAGACAAAUGAUGGAGCAGGCUCCAUAUCACAGUCUUACCGCAAUCACUUCAUUAAAACUGAAGAUGACCCACCCAAGAUGGCAGCUGUCAGCAGCAACGUAGGCAUUUCCUCAUUUCACAACAGUCAGGUGCAAGAAGCUUCCAUGACGCACUCGGCAACCCAGACGCAGCACACCGCUCGGGCAGAGCAGGCUAACAUCACAUCAAGCUACCACGUCGCCACAACCUGCCCCAUCGCACCCAACAACAACAGGAACUCCAACAACACCAAUAUGGACAACUCCAAGUACAACUUCUCUUCCAAUCAGAACCAGUGCCCCUUUAGUGGCAGUCAAUCAUCUCAGGCCUACUCAGCCAAUCACAGCAGCUACAUUGCCAGAGAUUCCCAGAACCAAAGUCCCUGCCCCUGGAAGCUGAACGGAGGAGCCAAAGUUCUGGCGUGUCCACUCAAUUCCUGUCCAGUGGCCCCCGCCAGUCGCUCAAGUCAAGAGGUGUGGGAGUCUUUCUCCCAAUGCUUCACUCCUGCUGUUAAAGAGGUUGUGGAGUUUGCAAAGAGCAUCCCAGGCUUCCAGAACCUAAGCCAGCAUGAUCAGGUCAUGCUACUCAAAUCCGGCACGUUCCAGGUUUUGAUGGUGAGGUUCUGCUCACUAUUUGAUCCCAAGGAGAGGACAGUGACAUUCCUCAACGGGCAGACAUACUCCCUAGCAUCGCUGAGGGCUCUUGGAAUGGGCUCCUUAUUGGACGCAAUGUUUGAAUUCAGCGAGAAGCUCGGAUCAAUGUUGGAGCCAGAUGAGAUGGCCCUUUUCAUGGCUGUCGUGCUCGUUUCUGCUGAUCGCUCUGGUAUAGUCGAGGUUGGCGCAGUGGAGCAGUUGCAGGAGAAUCUUAUAAAAGCUCUUCGCUCUCUCAUCACCAGUCGUCGCCCAGAUGACAGCACUCUCUUCCCAAAGCUGCUGCUACGUCUGCCAGACCUGCGCACCUUGAACAACCACCACUCUGACAAGCUUUUAGCUUUCCGCAUAGAUCCUUGAGCUCAAAGAGCUUAAGCUAACUGAGGUAUCUUGCUUUGGGGACCUCCCCAUGCAAGCCUGGCCUGCCACAUCGAGCACACUGGCCUAUGCAUGAUGGACAGUUGUUGCGGGGGCCAUGCUAAGUCCGAUGCUACAAAAGAGAGCGAUCAUCUUGAUAAAGAAAUCGGUGAAGGACGGCAGGAAGGUGCGGGCUCCUGAACUCAAACUGAUUCUUCCUUCAGGAUUGCCUAACAACAACCUGGACUGUGUUCUUCCUCGGGUUUCUCAAGUGAACAUGAGACCACCAAGUCAUAGUUGUCAGUAUUUUUGUUCUGGAGACCAAAAAGAAGAAUGAGCCUGCUGUUCCUCACCAGACUUUAUACUCCUCUCCUGGCUCACAAGGGCUAAUAGUGGGAAGCACAUAUGCCUGCCCAGAGAAACAGGAACAUGUACAAACAUUCACCAACUACCAUUUAUAAAAACUAAAUCCAUGCUAUAUUGUGCAAAGGGCACUUUUUCCAUACCUCUUAAGUCCAUAUAUACAUAGCAAUAGAAAUGUAUGACAAGCAGUUGGGAAGAUGUGUAUGCCCUGUUAAAAUGAUAUAAGCUAUUCUCACAAAAUUUCACCAUGUGGGAAAUCUUUAUAAAAAUCAUACGUGAUUGAGAAGUGAAUAACAUUUUUAAGAAAUGAGAGUAAGCUGCAUUGUAUUUGUAUGCGAUAAUCAGGGAGAAAUUAUUGGUCAUUUUAGACCAUGUAUGAGGGGUUAUGUGUUAAGGUGUGAUAUUGUAAAUUUUGUACAUUACUUUUAUUGUUCUUGUUAGUUUACAGAUUAUAAAAUAUGUAAAUGAAGUUUGUGUUGAUACAUUGUAUAAUAUCUUGACUAAUAGACUGCUAUACAGACUGCAAAGAGAAAGCAGCAUUUGAAUUGUGCGCUCCAAGUACAAACUUUUUAUUUGAAGAUAUAUAAUUGAGAUAUAUGUAUUGUCAACUGAGUGUAUCACCUUGUGAAUAUUUUGUAAAUGUUUUAUGGUGACACCAUAGAGUACUAUUAUUAAAUAACAUCAUAAAGCA